AACAGAUCAAUGGAAAAGACAAAAGUUAUCAAAGCGGCCUGUUUCAAAUUCUAUUAGUAUACAAUUGAUCAGUAAAUGCUUAUCGGAUUUUGCAAGACUUAAAUGGCUAGCACUUCUGAGGGACAAUUGCCACCUGUAGUGACACCCUGGCCAGUGAUAAUUCAUCAUUCUAUGCUAAAAACAGAGUAUGAAACAAUUUUCAGACAAAAACAACUGAAAGUAAGAGUAUCAAAUGGUGUAAUACCAGGCUCAGUGGUCUUCCCAUUGUCAUCUGUAGCAUUUCUGAUAGUUCCAGUGUCAAGGGCAACAACUCUGGAUCCAGAAAAUAACAUCCAGCUUUCACAGGAAUUGAUUGAAAGAGUAGAUAAUUUCCUCAAAGUUCAUAAGAAUUGCUACAUGUUAUGUCAAGCACCUCUCCAUGGACAAAAUGAAAAGCAAGUUUUUGCAAUGAUACAAAGAAUGUAUUUGAAUACAAGACUGAACAUGAUACCUGUGCACAAUGCAAUGGAAGGAGUCAAGACAAUGUUCACAAUAGCAAAGGGGCUAUGUAAGCCAGUUAGUGAUAUAUUAAAUGAAAGAUUGGAGCAAGUUGUGAAAGAGCAGAAGAAAAGUGACUUCAUGACUGCAGCAUUAAAACAACUUGGCUUGACAAAUCAUGAGUGUCAAGUGAUUGAAGAUAGUCUAGGCAGUCUGAGAAAUCUUGCAACAGCUUCUAGAGAAGAUCUCCUCAACUGUAGUCUAGAUUCCAACACUGUGGAUAAAUUACUGCAAUUCUUUAAUUAAUAUUGAUGAUCCCUAAUCAGAUAUACGAAAUAAAGAAGUGAAGUGAAGUGAGAA